AUGUUGCUUCUGCACGCCUCUUUUAAAGGAUCCCAGGUAGUAAGAUGGAGGGAACACAGAUCCCUCCCACAUCCAGACUUCACAACACCAUUCAACGCGACGGAUUCAUCAGUGAAAUGCCCUCAGCUAGUUCCCACUGAGAGCGGCAUACUUCAAUGUCUCCGUCUCAACAUCUACGUGCCUAAAUCGACCAACAAAAACAUCCCAGUAUUCGUAUACAUACAUGGCGGAGGCUUCAUAUUUGGCAGCGCUGGCGAAUACGACGCCAAACAUUUGGUCCAACACGAAAUAGUCGUGGUCACAAUAAACUACAGGAUGGGACCUUAUGGUUUCUUCUGCUUGAACACAGACACUGUUCCUGGUAAUCAAGGUUUGAAAGACCAAGUUACCGCUCUCAGGUGGAUCAAAAGAAAUAUAGCAGCGUUCGGCGGUGACCCUGACAAAGUUACCAUAGCCGGGGAAAGCUACGGAGGUGGUUCUGUGGAUCUGCAUCUGUAUUCUGAGAACGAAAAGCUUUUCGACAAAGCUAUCAUACAGAGCGGAGGUGCUGACGCCGAAGCCUUAAUUGUAGAACCUAAUAACAACGCUGCAUAUACUUUAGCAAAGACAUUUGAUCCAACGGUGAAGAUCCAAGACGCGUUAAGUCUUUUAGCUAAACAAGACCCUAUUGAAGUAAUGAAAGCUUUUAGAUCAUCUGGUAUGCUCCUUAGAGCUUGUGAGGAAAGAAAACAGCCUAAUAAAAAAAUAGAAAACUUCUUUACUGCAAAUUCUAAAGCCUUACAUUGUCCUCUAAAGGUUAGUGGUACGCAUAUUAUGAUUGGCUACACCAGUAAAGAAACGUUUGCUGAUUUUUUUAAGCUAGCAAAUGAGGCUUAUGGCAGAGACUUUUUCUUGGAGAAGAUAAAAUACAAUUUUAGAUUGGAUGAAAAGACAACGAAGGAAGCUGUACAAUCGGUGAAAAGCUUUUAUUUAGGUAACAAAAAUAUUUCCAAAGACGUAAUGUUGGAAUUGAUAGACUUCACAAGUGAUUUUAUGGUGAACUAUCCUGCAGAGAGAUCUGUGAAUAGAUUUCUUGAACAGGGAGCCAUGGUUUAUAAAUAUUUGUUUUCAUAUAUUGGUAAUAGCCCUUAUAAGAACAUUGAAGGAGUUGGUGCUCACCACACAGAAGAGCUACAGUAUCUGUUUGACUGGCAAACAGCAGGAGAGUUAAAGGGAGAAGACAACAUAUUAAUGAGAGACAGAAUGACAAAGAUGUGGGCGAAUUUCGUCAAAUUCGGAAACCCGACACUCAAUGAAUCAGAUCUGAUAACUGUACGAUGGCAACAGACAUCACAAAACACCAAGCCGUAUCUAGACAUCGACCUACAGAUGAAGAUGAAGGAAAAAGAUUCGAUAGAUGGUAGAGUAGCCCCAUCAGAAUCCGAGGCCGCGUCGAGAUGCAGCCAGGGAGGCGAAUGGGUGGGAAAGACAGGGAGAGGAGAGGACGGUUUAAUAAUAGUAUCCUUACCAUACCCAGACUUUAAGACUCCAUUCGCUGCAUCAGAUGCCUCAAUAAAAUGUCCACAAGCAGUGUUCUCCGCUGAAGGUAUUCUGCAAUGCUUACGACUAAACAUUUUCGUGCCGAAGACCACCAAGAGACAUCUACCAGUACUGGUUUGGUUCCAUGGUGGCGGCUUCGUCUUUGGGAGUGGUGGUGAAUACGACGGCAAAUAUUUGGUCAAACACGACAUCAUUGUUAUCACCGUCAACUCUAGAUUGGGCCCAUACGGGUUCUUCUGCUUAGGUACUGACAAUAUUCCUGGUAAUCAAGGACUCAGAGAUCAAGUCACCGCUCUCAGGUGGAUUAAACAGAACAUUGCAGCAUUCGGAGGUAACCCUGGUCAAGUAACUAUAGCAGGGGAAAGCUAUGGAGGUGGUGGGGUCGAACUUCAUUUGUAUUCAGAAAAUGAAAAGCUUUUCAAUAAAGCGAUCAUACAGAGCGGCGCUGCCGACGAAGAGGCGAUGUAUUUACAGCCAGACAGCGAAGCAGCUUUUAAUCUUGCCAAAGCCUUCGAUCCUAACGUAACAAAAGACGGUGCUCUAAAACUACUAGCUAAACAAGAUCCUAUCGAACUAAUGAAAACGUUUAACGCAACAGGUAAACUUUUGCGUGUAUGCCAAGAAAGGAAACUCAAAAACAAAGGCGUUGAGAACUUUAUCACAACUAAUUCAUCGCAUUUCUUCAACUUAAAAAAAGUCAGCGGAACCCCGAUAAUGAUUGGUUAUAACAGCAAAGAGACAUUUAAUGAUUUCGUAAUUCAACCUGAUCAAUUCUAUGAAGAUAAUCAAGAUAUAUUUCUGAAGAAAAUUCGUGAUAACUAUAAACUUGGCAAAGAAGAAUUAGAAAGAGAAGCAGAAAGGGUGAAAAGAUUUUAUUUGGGCAACAAGAAAGUUUCUAAAGAAACAAUGCUGGAACUCGUAGACUUUAUGGGUGAUUUUUUCAUCAACCACCCAGAGGAGAAAGCUGUUACGAGAUUUUUGAAUCAAAACGCUAUAGUCUAUAAGUAUCUGUUCUCUUACACUGGGAAUAGUCCUUACAGAAACAUUACCGGUGUCGGUGCGUAUCAUACUGAAGAAUUGCAGUAUUUAUUCGAGUGGAGCGAAGCGGACGUGCUGACAGGAGAUGAAAAUUUGAAGAUGAGGGAGAGAAUGACCAAGCUGUGGGCGGAUUUCGUCAAGUAUGGAAAUCCAACGAAGUGUAGAACUGACUUAAUACCAGUAGUUUGGAAACCAGCCCUGAAGACUGACAGGGCCUAUUUGAAUAUAGAUAAGGAGAUGAAGAUGGAAAAUCACGUGUAUAAGGCACGCAUGGAGUUCUGGGACGACUUCUGGAAGACUCACGAAAAGGACUAUGUGUUCCAAAAGUAAAAAAACCAAAAGGUUUUGGUAGAAAUUAUUUUAUUAUGUUGUACAAGUGUUUAUGUACAAGUGUGUAUUUUAUUCUUUUGAUACUGAAAUAUAAUACGUAACGCA